GCUGACAUCAAGAUGGCACACUCCGCCUUAGAUCUGCCAUCAGCAGCAGCAGCUGAAGGAGAAGCACCUGUAACUCCUCACAACAACCAAGACGAGUGUGAUAGCACCAAGGAAACUCAAGUGGACGGCAAGAUUGACGAAGCUGACGAUGUCGCAGAUGCCCGCGAACCUGAGCAGAAGAAGCACAAACCGUUGUCGACUCCAACGAACGCGCAGCCUUCGUCCCCUUCAACUACGGAUCUCCAAGCGCUAUCCUGGGAUGGCGAUCACUGCGGUGAUCACGUUCGUCUCUCCAACAAGACGAACACGAUGGAAACCUGCAUUUUGGACCCUGAGCAAUGGAAUUGCGUUCUUGCGUCCCAAGCGGCAUCCACGUUCCGUGUGCGCCUCGACAACGUCGGUCGCGGCGGCGAUCUGUGGGUAGGCUACUGCAAAAAGGACAGCUUCGUUCCGAACGGAAGCACGAGGGGUCGAUUCUGCCAAAUCCUCCGAGCCUCCGCCGCCAACGUCACUGGUGACGAGACUAGCCAUCCAUUCGAGGACGGCGAUGUGCUGACCGUCACCCAUCACCGCGCCAACCACACGAUUCUGUUUCAAAAGAAUGGACAAGAUAUCGGCAUCGAGUACGAACAUGUGACCGACGAACCUCGGUACCCCGCCGUCGUUACAAACAGCGACCGUGUCUCGAUGACACUGCUUUAAGCUACAAAGCAAUCCAACGAUGAUUACCUUUAGCCUUGUACAAUCGAAAACCAAGGUUACAUGAC